AUGGGUGGUGUCUACACUUUAAUAUUCGUUUCUGACAUUUUAGAUAAAGAGAAAUUUUGGAAUGAAGAGUUAAAAUAUGUUAAUGAUGGUGUAUUAUUUGCUUGUAGUAGAUUUGAAUUUAGUGACCAAGAUAUGGACACAAAAGGAACUUACAGUAAUCAUGCUUAUAGAAUUUUACGUGGUUCAUCUGAAUGGACUGAUGCAUGGAGUGAUGAAACUAAAGAAUGUAAUUAUGAACGUAUAAAUAAAUUUGAACAUAAAUUCGGUGAUGAUGGAAAAUUUACUUUGUAUUUACCUGAGGAAUGUGAUUUAGUUAUAGUACUUCAACAACCUGAUGAUAGGCAUUUUAGUGGCGAAAUUAUUCCACGUAUAAAUCGUGAAAUUGCUCCUCCUGAUUCAGAUACAAGCGUAACAUCUGAUUAUAAAGAGGACGAAGAAAUUAAGAAACGUAAAGAAAACUCCGAUUCUAAUGAUGAUGAGGAGGAGGAUAAAGAAGAAUUACAAUUGGGUUUAAAAAUUUAUAGCAAGUGUAAAGAAAUUAAACUGGAAGAAGAUAAAGAUCCGGAAGUCGAUACUAAAGUUAUUGGUAAUAGCGAUGAUGAUAAAAAUAAGGACGAUAAAGGUAAAGAUGACGAUAAAGAGGAUGAUAAGAAUAAAGAGGAUGAUAAAAGUAAAGAGGAUGAUAAUAGUAAAGAGGAUGAUAAAAGUAAAGAAGAUGACAAGAAAAUGAAUAAGAAAUAUCUUAAUUAA